AUGCCUGCUACGACAAUUCCCACCCCGAAAACACGCGGAUCGUCCCGGGGACAUGCCCCCGAAAAUCCAACAACAGCAGAUUCUUCGUCGCAGAACAUCGAGAUACAGCGACAGUCCCUGUACGGAGUCGUCAAUUCCUCGACCGAAUCCCUUUGUACUGGGUACAUGAAGGUCAACUGCUUUACCGGUACGGGUUCCAGCCGCAACGACAGCGUCCGUAGCGCCAUGAAAACAGCAGCGAGCCCAUUGAUGGACUGCACUGACUUUGACAGUCUGCCUCCCGCGGUAAAAAGAAAGUAUUUCUCCUCGCUGGAAAGAUUACGAUUUGCACAACACUCGGCCGCCCCACCGAAGUCAAGCGGGCAUCUACGAAACCUGAGCAGUGCUAGUGGGAGGCUUAUGGGCUCCAGGAUGCGAAGUAGGCCAUCCACCGAUAGCUCGCGCAAUCAGUUCCGGAAACAUCGCAACGCGGCGGACGCGUUCGUGCUCUCUCAGAGCGACGCCCAAUGGUUUUUGGAACUACCGGAGAACAUCCGAAAGAAGCACUUCUCGAGGGAAGAGCGCAUAUUACUGGCAACCAAGUGCGAGAGUAUCAUUGUGGAUGCCGCAGACGAGACCCUAUACAGAAUGAAUUGCCGGCCAAAGAGCAUGGAUAGCAUAUCGACGACAUCCGAUAUAGGCUCACUGUACCGGCCUUCAUUCGAGUCGGACGUGAUAAGGGCUAGGGAAGAGAUGCGAAUGUCGUUCCGGUGGAUGGAGGAGGACGGUGACUUAGACCUGCGCCUUCAGCCGUUCCAAGAACGCGAGGUGCAUUCGGCGCCGCCACCGAGGAACCGGAAACGGCGCACUCUGUCGCUGUCCUCCAAGAGAACCAAUAGCUCGUCCUCCACCGCGACCGCGACAAGCUUAAGCCGACCGUGCCUGAGUCGGCGUGCUGCUUCCACCCCGAAGUCUUCUGGCGCGCCGCCUUCUUCGGCGUUCUCGUGCGAUUCCGAGGCCACCUACUAUCAAGACCCCGAGGCACGACUUAAACUACGAGUAUAUCUCGCUUCACCCCAAAAAUUCGAUGAGGCCAUCGAAUUUGGAUUUCCAUCUCAGACCGACGCGCAUAACUUCUUCAAACUGCACCCAGGCAUGCCCACCAUCCGAAGAGUACCACCCGAAGAUUCGGAGGACCCAUUAAUCGAGGAGGGGGAGGAUGCGGAGGAGGUGGCUGAGGUAGCCGACACGGUUCCCGAGUCACCGAUGCGAAUGCGAAGCAGUGGUUCGAAUUCCUGCAGGGCACUCAUUCCCGUGAUUUUGGAUCAUUACCCGCACACUAGCCCGGGGAAUCGCGAGAUGACCUUGAAAAUGACGCUCACGCGGAAAGACCUGAGGGAUGACGAUGGCCGCCACGCGAGCAGGGACGGCGCCCUGGCAUUGGAGGAACUUCCCCCGGAGGGCGAGCAAUGCAACGUCGAUUGGGAUGCCAUCGACAAAGAGUCGGCAUCAGGCCUCAAACGGCUCUGGCGGAAGGUGAAGAGGCAUUGA